UCUGUGGAGGCAACUGCUGCCUUGGGUUCCAGUAUAAACACAGAGACAUGGCCAAUAAGCUCGCUAUAAACGCACCGCCUUAUUUCGGAUGAUAUUACUUCUUCCAGUAGUUUCCUGGUUUCUAAUCUCAUUAAAGGGCGUGUGAAGAGCAGAGGAGCCGGAGGAACCACCCCUGGCCAGGACGCAUCCCGGGCAAGGAAGCACCACGGGUCAGGACGCACAAGAUGCGGGAGGCAGAGAGCGAUCACCAGGUCCUCUGACCGCCGUACGGCCGCGGUCUAUCUGGCAAACUUGGAGCAAAGAUGGUUCCACUUCGUAGGUCGUGGAUCAUUCUGAUGGAUAUUUUAAUAUAUACCAAACUGAACCUUUGCAUGGAAGUCGAUUUUUGCACACCGGUUGAGCUCGACGAGCGAAUUGCAAUGAGGGAACUCCUUGGGCGCACGGAUAGCACGGCUGAAAACCAUGUAGUGUUCAAACUCAAUGCUUUCAGAAAAGUAUUUUACCUACACCUUUCCCCCGAUUCUAAUUUCCUUGGCCCGUUAAGUGUAGAGCUCCGUGCCCCUGCCUCUGCAGGUGGAGCAUCGAGGCAGUGCUUCUAUUCCGGCGACGUGAACGCGGACCCGCGCUCCUUCGCGGCUGUCAGUCUCUGCAAGGGGCUCCAAGGAAUUUUCGCGCAUAACGGAACGGAGUAUUUUAUAAGCCUGUUUGGGGGUGAAGAAAGUCCGGAGGCUGGGAGGAAUUUUGACAGGACGCAUGUCAUCCGUCGCCGGACGCGGGCUCACUUUAGUGAUGGAAGCGAUGGAAGCGGUCCCUUCGCCAGCAGGUGCGGAGUGGCACACACUAACGCCAAGUUCAACCUUUCCUCGGAUACUCUGCAAAAGUACGAGUUCAUGAAGGAAUUCGAGAUGGAUGGUGCGACCGAAACCGUCAUGAGAUCGUUGGGAAGAUCGAAACGCUUCGCAUCUAUCCCCAGGUUUGUGGAGGUGCUGGUGGUCGCGGACAACUCAAUGGUCAAAUUCCACGGCGAUGACCUCAAGCAUUACCUCCUGACCUUGAUGUCGGUGGCCGCCAGGCUUUACAAACAUCCCAGUAUUCUGAACUCCAUAAACAUAGUGGUGGUAGGCUUAAUGGCGAUACACGAAGAAGACAAGGGGCCUAAAGUGUCCAGCAACGCAGCUCUUACGCUGCGUAAUUUCUGCUCCUGGCAGAAAAAGUUGAAUAAAUACAACGACAAACAUCCCGCCUACUGGGACACAGCCAUACUUUUCACCAAGCAGGACCUUUGUGGGGCCAAAACCUGCGACACUCUGGGGAUGGCUGAUGUGGGGACCAUCUGCGACCCCAAGAGGAGCUGCUCUGUCAUUGAGGAUGACGGCCUACCCUCGGCCUUCACCACAGCUCAUGAACUAGGCCACGUCUUCAACAUGCCCCAUGACAAUGUGAAGGCCUGUGAAGCGGUGUUUGGGAAGCUGAGGAACAACCAAAUGAUGUCUCCUACGCUGAUUCAGAUUGACAGGAGCCGGCCCUGGUCUGUGUGCAGCGCUGCCAUCAUCACAGAGUUCCUGGACAGAGGUCAUGGAGAAUGUUUGCUGGACCAGCCCCAGAACCAGCUGACUCUCCCAGAGACCCUUCCUGGCUCUAGCUACAGCCUCCACCGCCAGUGUGAGCUGGCCUUCGGGAGCGGCUCCAGGCCCUGCCCCUACAUGCAUCCCUGCACCAAGCUGUGGUGCACGGGGAAGGCCCGUGGGCAGCUGGUGUGCCAGACCAGACAUUUCCCAUGGGCAGACGGCACCAGCUGCGGAACCAGCAGAGUCUGCUACCGAGGGGGAUGCGUGGACAAAAACAACACUGUGCACAUCAAGGUGGAUGGCAAGUGGGGAAAGUGGGGUACGUUUGGGGCCUGCUCUCGGACCUGCGGUGGGGGGGUCCAACUGGCCAAGAGGGAAUGCAACAAUCCUGUGCCAGAUAACGGCGGAAAAUAUUGCUAUGGCCUCCGCAUUAAAUACCGCUCCUGCAACUUCAGUACUUGUCCUGAAACAGGUAAGAGUUACCGCGAGGAGCAGUGCGAGGCGUUCAAUGGCUUCAACCUGAAAACCAACCGCCUCAGCUCCUCCGUGGGCUGGGUCCCCAAGUACUCAGUCUCUCCCAAGGACAAAUGUAAACUAAUCUGCCGAGCCAACGGAACUGGAUACUUUUACGUGCUUGCUCCGAAGGUGGUGGAUGGGACCCCCUGCUCCCCGGACACCUCGGCUGUGUGCGUGCAGGGGAGGUGCAUCAAGGCUGGCUGCGACCACAGGCUCAACUCAAACAGCAAGUUUGACAAGUGUGGUGUGUGUGGUGGAGACAACCAGGCCUGCAAGAAGGUGUCGGGACAUUUCAUGAAACCCAUACAUGGCUACAAUCUGGUGUUAACCCUGCCGGUCGGGGCCUCCAACGUGGACAUCCGCCAGCGGGGGUACCGGGGCCUGGUGGGAGACGAGAACUACCUGGCGGUGAAGAACCAGCACGGCCGCUACCUCCUGAACGGGGACUACGUGGUGUCGGCGGCCGAGCGGGACCUGCUGGUGAGGGGCAGCCUGCUGCGCUACAGCGGCACCUCCACGGCCGUGGAGACCCUGCUGGCCACCAGACCCCUCCAGGAGCCCCUCACCGUGGAGGUGCUGUCCGUGGGGAGGAUGACCCCUCCCAGGGUGCGCUACUCCUUCUACGUCCGCAGGGAGGAGGAGCCCCUGAAGGAGGAGGAGCGCCUAAAGGAGGAGGAGCCCCUGAAGAAGGAGGAGCCCCUGAAGAAGGAGGAGCCCCUGACGAAGGAGGAGCCCCGGAACAAAGAGCAGCCCCUGAACAAGGAAGCGCCCCCACGCAAGAAGGAGCCCCGGAACAAGAAGGAGCCCAGGAACAAGAAGGAGCCCCAGAACAAGAAGGAGCCCCAGAAUAAGGAGGAACCUCUGAAAAAGGAGAAGCCCCUGAAGGAGGAGAAGCCCCUGAAGGAGGAGGAGCCCCUGAAGGAGGAGGAGCCCCUGAAGGAGGAGAAGCUCCUGAAGGAGGAGGAGCCCCUGAAGGAGGAGAAGCCCCUGAAGGAGGAGGAGCCCCGGAACAAAGAGGAGCCCCGGAACAAGGAGGUGCCCCUGAAGAAGGAGGAGCAUGGGCGUGAGGGGGAGCCCCUGAAGGAGGAGGAACGCGACAAGAACAGCGUGCUGGCUUACAGCAACAAGGUGGAGGCUGAGGAGCCGGCGCUGGGCUCCAGCCGCCCAAGCCAGUGGGUGGCGGGCGAGUGGGACAGGUGCACGGUGACGUGCGGCCACGGGCUCCAGAAGAGGCCGGUGGGGUGCCGGGGUGCGGAGGGUCGCCCCGCGGGGGAUUGUCACAUGGGCGGGAGGCCGGCGGCUAUGAGGGUGUGCGGGGCCCCCUGCCCCCUGUGGGACAUGGGGCCCUGGGCACAUUGCUCUAAGUCCUGUGGGCGGGGCUACAAGCGGCGUCCACUGAGGUGUGUGAGCCACAACAGUUUGACUUUACCCAGAGAUCAGUGCUCUGGCAGGAAAAAGCCUCAGGAAUUGGACCUCUGUAAUUUGAGGCCAUGUUAAAUAGAGACAAAUAAAAACAAUGGAACAUUUUACCUUGGCAGAGAAAGGAGGAUUCAAAACUAAUGUUAAUACUAAUCCCUCCUCAAUUGAAGACACCAUUUCAUUCAGGGACAAGACUGCACCAUCAAACACACUCUCGCUAUGAUGGCUGGCUCUACCGGGCUUUAAUGGAGAACAACACCAGAGAUGCUCCUGUUUCCUACUUUGAAUGGACAUGAACAGACUAAAAGUCUAGCCCUCAUCUUCUCUAUUGGUUGACAGCCUCUGGCAGUGGCUUUUAGAGAGUCUACCUCUAGUUAGACAUGUGAGACUAGUUAGACAGAGUAAAAAUAGGCAGACAGAGAGUAUUGGACUUUUGUUGAGUCACCAACCAUGAAUUUAUAUUCAAAUAAAUUGAACAUCAUACACAAACACAUACAAUGUAAGCAUUUAAUUAAUCAAAUCUAAUAAGAAUAAAUAUGAUUGGAGGGUGAUUAAUGCUGCAUGAUAAAGAAGGGUGAAAGGCCAGUUUAGGAAAAAUUUAAUAUUGGUUGAAUUUUUUAAUCAUUCAAAGAAAUCACUGAACUUUUAUCAGACCUACAUAUGUUACCUGUGAAUUAAAAGUUGCAGAUUGAAAUCAGCCCUCCCUUUAUAACAACUACAGUGUCCUGUUCUGCCCUGUGUUGUAUAAGGUGUCCUGUACUGGACUGUGUAGUGUAAGGUGUCCUGUACUGGCCUGUAUUUUGUAAGCUGUCCUGUACUGGCCUGUGUUCGGUAAGGUGUCCUGUACUGGCCUGUGUUUUGUAGGGUGUCCUGUACUGGCCUGUGUUGUGAAGGGUGUCCUGUACUGGCCUCUGGGGUGUGGGUUGUCCUGUACUGGCCUGUGCUGUAUAAGGUGUCCUGUACUUGCCUGUAUUUUGUAAGGUGUUCUGUACUGGCCAGUGUUGUGUAAGGUGGCCUGUACAGGCCAAUUUUGUGUAAGGUGCCAGUAGGGACAGCAUCUAGUAGCCAGGUGUCAAGUGAUGAGGUUCUUUGAUAGAUUUAUAAAUUGUGUUUAGUUAAGCCUCUCAAUGGAAGACUAUAGGUCAUAGCUUACAAGUAAUGGUAAUUUUAAAUUGAACACUAUUAUUAGUUGCGCUUUUUUAUGUCGAUAUAACAAUUAUAGAUCAUGGAGCUGAAUGGGACUCUACACAAACGGCACAAUUUUGAUUUUGCGAAAAAGGAACAUUAGCUUUUAUCGCAUUAAGGUAGAUUGUUCUCAUGGCUUUUAGCCAUUAGAACAUAUAAAUCAGUUAAACCAAUUACAAUCGGGUAUCUUUGUCAUAGUCACCAUGGAGACACCAUUGGACAAGGCGGAGGCAACAGCCUAUUUAGGUUCUCAACACACAGUGUUCUAACUGCAUAGUUGUAAACUACCAUCAUAUACCUAUACUUAUCCUAUCUGUUACAUGUAUUAAUCAUCCAUAGUGGUAAAGUACCAUCAGAGAUCUAUAAAUAUCCCUAUCUUUUAUAUGUAUUGAUCAGUCAUCCACAAUGGUAAACUACCUUCAUAUAUCACUAUCUGUUAUAUGUUUUGAUCAUCCAUACUAGUAAACAACCAUGAUAGACCUAUAAUUAUCCUAUCCGUUACAUAUAUUGAUACUCCAUUGUGGUAAACUACCAUCACAUAAAUAUUAUUACCACUAUGUGUUACAUGUAUUGAUCAUCCAUCUCAAUAGCAGUUGGCGAUAAAAAAACAUAUUUGAGAAUAUAGGUUGCCUUUGAUAAUAUGUAUGAUGAUGUAUUCAUUUCGGAUACCAACUUUCUCAGAAUGAGCGAGAGCCCACUUUAGUUAUCGGACAGGGAAUACUACCUCGAAACUAACGUUUCAAAAACAUGGAUCCUCGAACUGCCAUUCUCUAAACUAUUUUACCCUACUUGCAGCAGUGGAUGUCCACGUCUGAGAGAGGGUUAAGCUUUUAGACGCUAAUAGCCCUUUCACACAUUUUCUGUAUAAUACCUGGAGGGGCUGUAUGCUUAAAUGCAAAUGUGCGAACCCGCACCUCUAGAGUCUACCCAGUAUUUACCCAGAGUUUACCCAUAAUUUACCCAGAGUUUAACCAGAGUUUACCCAGAGUUUACCCAGUUUAGCCAGAGUUUACCCGAGUCUACCCAGAGUUUACCCAGAAUUUACUCAGAGUUUACCCAGAGUUUACCCAGAGGUUACCCAGAGUUUAUCCGGCCAGGACCCUGGUGUAAAGUCUGGAGUAUCGACGAGCUGGAGAAUUCCCAGUGAGCAAGUGAGCAUGUUGCUGACGCGUUGUUGUUGUGGUGAUGAUGUUUCUAUCAUGCUACUGGCCAAAACUGAGAGCGCAGAGGGUAGCUGCUUCGUACUUUUCUCUUCUUGCCUGUAUUUUGCGUUCCAACUUCUGUUUGCUCUCCGCUCUUCUGUCGAUAUUGUGGAUACGUCUAUAUAAAUGCAGUACUAAAGGAGAAAUCCGGUGUAAAAUGGAUCUGGGAUAUGUUGGAUAACGAAUUGGAAUCUUCGUUUGGGAGCAAAAAAGCGCAUAUAGACACAUUCUUAAUUUGACUGUUUGUAGCCGAUUCUACCAGAACCGUUGACGGGUGAACUACUGAUGGUAUUGUGUGUAUAAAAUGUCCUUUUUAAUAAUCAAUCUGUACGCUUGCAAAAUUAUCAAUGCCUCAUUUUAUAUGUUAAGACCCAUAUUAUACUACCAAAGAAGUGUCAGACUACUUCUAGCCUUUUAAGUGGUUUAAUAUAGCUAUUUAGUUUUUACCAUGAGACCCUAUCGUUCCAAGUUUAUAGCGUUUCGGUAGAAUCGGCUAAAAACAGCCAACUGAAGAAUGCGUCUAUAGACACUUUUUUGCUCCCAAACGAACAUUCCAACUCGUUAUCAUACUAAACAUAUCCCAGAUCCAUUUUACAAUGGAUUUUUUCCUUUAAUAUCACCGCUAGAAGAGUCAGCAUUACGGAGUUUGUUCCUCAGCCGAUAUCUUCAACGUGUUAUAAACAAAACCAUGAUUAACGCUGCAUUCUUUCUGCAUCACGCCCUCCUCCAACACCUACUCCUCCUCCUCUCUCCACCUCUUGCCACCUCCCACUCCCUCCUCCUCCUACACGGCCUCCUCCUCCUCUCUCCACAUCCUUCUCCUCCUCUCGCCACCUCCCACUCCCUCCUCCUCCUCUCUCCACAUCCUCCUCCUCCUCUCUCCACCUCCUCCUACACGUCCUCCUCCACCUACUCUCACCUCCUACACAUCCUCCUCCUACAUGUCCUCCUCCUACACCUCCUCGUAAUGCUGCGUUGAUUCAUGGGAUUUAGGUCAAUUUAAAUAAAUGUUGAGUCAAAGAAAAGUAGCGUCAGUAUUUGUUAUUCCCCAUGUGAGCCAGCCAGUAUCAUAUGACCUGAGAUGAACCAAGUAACGGUAUGCAGAGUUCAGGCCUGCAUGAGGACAGGGAAAUGACCAACGGCUUCCUCUGUAGGACAGCAAUACUAACACGGGAAUCAGAAACACAGAACGCUGGUCCGUCAAAGCCCACAGCACCCACCCUUAACCGUUUGGCUCAUGGUGCAUCUGAAUUGUGUAAAUGUAAAGUUGUUUGCAAUGGCGCUAUUUUGUUUUACAUCAUUUUUUUUAUUGUUUCUUGUUAGCUGUUUUUGUAUACUAUGUAUACAUCCAUUCACGCAAAAGACGUAUAUAUGAAUAUAAACAUUUGUUGAUUUAUGACUUGA